CACGCCAACAUAGGAUCGCGAUGAGUUGCUCGGUGCUGAAAUGUGGAACCAGCCUCGGGAUGCUGGUUGGACUGGGAUUGAUUUCGUUGGUCGUGGCCGUUGCGUACGCCGGGAAGACCAGUUCUAGCUCCAAGUGUCAGGAGAAAUCGUUGACAACGGCCAGUGGUGUUAAGGCUCCGUCAGGACCUUUUUGCCCGGGUGAUUUGAUUUUCGAGGACACAUUCGAUGGUUUCGAUUUGGACACGUGGCAGCACGAGAAUACACUCGCCGGGAAUGGGGAUGCCGAGUUCCAGUGGUUCACCAACAAUCGCUCGAACUCGUUCGUGAAGGAAGGCAAUCUUUUCAUCAAACCUACGCUCACCGUGGAUGAGUUUGGGGAACCGUUCCUCCGUUCCGGUGUACUGAACGUGCAUGGUGGUGCACCGGCGGAACAAUGCACCAAACAGUCACCGGAUGGUUGCGAGCGUCAUGGGACGCAUGGGCAGAUACUGAAUCCGGUCAAGAGUGCCAGCAUCAGGACGGUGGAUUCGUUCGCGUUUCGGUAUGGGAAGGUUGAGGUCAGCGCUAAGCUACCGGCCGGUGACUGGCUGUGGCCCGCGGUCUGGUUUCUACCGAAGGUGAGCGCCUACGGACGGUGGCCGGCUUCCGGGGAGAUCGAUCUGCUCGAGUCGAAGGGCAACCGGGAUCUGAUCAAGAACGGCAUCAACGUCGGGAUCGAACAGGUAACGUCUGCCCUCAAGUUUGGACCGAAUGCGGCGUACCGUAGCACACCGGAGCUCCAGCAGCAGCCCGGUACGAGCUUCACGCGAAACUCGGAAUCGGGUAAGGGCUACCAGACCGGGUUCCAUCGGUACCAGAUGGAGUGGACACCGGAUCACAUUACGUUCAGCAUCAAUGACAUCGAGACGGGCACGGUGAAGGUGGGCACCGGGUUCUGGCAGAAGGGUAACUUCAACAUAAGCGCCCCGGGCCUGGAUAAUCCGUGGCGGUACGGUAGCAUUAUGGCACCGUUCGACCAGGAGUUCUACUGCAAGAUAUCGCUAGCGGUGGGCGGGGCCGAUUACUUCUCUGACGAUGAUAUCAAUCCGACGCGGAAACCGUGGCAAAACGGAUCACCGCACGCGAUGACGGACUUUUGGAACGGGAAGAAUGAUUGGCUGCCGACGUGGAAUGUGGACGAGCCGGAAUCGAAGGAUGGUGCAAUGCAGGUGGAUUAUGUGCGCGUUUGGGCUCUUUGAAAUCGGGGGGAAAUGGUGGUAUUCGGUUUUUGCGAGAAACCAAAUACGGCAGAUUAGUAAUGUUUUAGAUACAGUGCAGCGUCAUUAGGGCGAAGUAGGUGGAAGUAGUAUUUGAUUAGAUUCUUUCGAAUGAUGCUCCGGAUAACCAGUGAUAGUGCAAAGUGUCGUAAGCUGGCUCUAAGUUUUUUUUUUGUUAAAUUAUGUUUAUUGA